AUGAAUAGAUCGGACGACAACACGCUUGAGCAGUUGGGCCUGCUCAGCUGCGACAUCCUGUACCACUAUUGGCAGAAGAGCUUCGAGGAGCUGCAACGUGCCUGGUGUCCCCUUCUGUUUGCCGGCGACCUCGCCACGAUAGCUCCCCUUCAGAGGAUGUCGGCACUGCUGCCAAGCACUGUGAGCGACAAGGUGAAGAUGCAGGAAGCCCAACGGGUUGCCGACGAGUUCGCAGCCCAGGCCCUAGAGAAGGACCCGAGCCGAAACAAGAAAGUGCCGAAGGUCCUCGGCCUCAUCAAGCAGCGACGUCUGGCUGCACGGGAGGAAGUGCAGGCGGUGAUGCACACUCUCAGCCUGGCAGGCCUCGAACUCCGCAAGCCCGACAGGAUACUGAGGCCCCCCGACCUCAAGAGUGGCGAGGUCCGCCUGACCGAUGCAUCUCUCGGACCGAUGCUGUGGAACACGGAGACUGGGGCUGCACAGUGGGACGUCGUGUUACCGGAGGAUUGCCAGGAACUGCGAGUGGUGCUGGCCCCCGACGAGGGCGGACCCCUCUGGGCUGGAUUCCAAUGGCUUGCCAAGCAGGGGUACCGCAUCGGCUUUCUGCCGGAUCUUCUGAAUGUACACGCUGACGUCUUGGCUGAUGCGAGCCAAGCGAGCACCGUGGAAGACUUCAGCCGUGGGCCAAUCAUGGCGAGAGAGUGGCCAAAGGCCAACGAGGACGAUGCCCUCAUGCAGCUCUUCGGCCCUGGCAUUUUGAGAGAGAAGGCUUCUCCUGUUGUGCUAUUGAGGAACGGAUUCUCUGGCGAUCUGGGAAGCCGGGAAUCUUUCGAGAAGGUUUGCGAAAUUGUUGGCAACGCCACGAAGUCCGUGGCUUCCCUCUUCGAACGAGGGAGGUGGAUCAGUUGGGGGCACGCCGCCCACAAGUUCAAGAAGAACUACUCCUGCACUUUGUUGAUGGUGUACUGGGGAUGUAUGGAAGAAGGAGUGAACCCGUUCGUUUUGGACCAAGGGAAAACAAAAGGCGACGGCGAGACUGAGAAGUACGACAGGGUCCUCGACCUUUGUAUACGUGCCACUCAGCAAGCAGAAAGUUUGACUUGGACUAGCAGCUUGCAAGACCCUGUUGUCACUGCCAGCCACAAAAACACAUGCCACACAAAGGCCCUGGUGGAUGACUUUUCGCACGACCUUUUCCUCGUUAUGGAUUUUCACAGUGAGGUCUUUCGCGAGGUGUGCCUCCAUCUCGCCUCUUGGCCUUUCUUAGAGACGUCCGAGUGUCUUUUUGUGGCUUUGUUUGGAGGUAGAGCAUGGAAGAGCUUUGCAUAUGACUGCCAACCAACUAAGCAAGCGAACAAAUCGCUGCUCAACUCGCUCCACACGCACACCUGCUGGUGCCUUCGCGAGCUGGAGCUGCAGCUGUCGAGACACGUCAAAGCGGCACUGGGGCCGGACUGCCUGUCACUCCUCGACUUGACGCCGGACGUGCAGCUGGAGACAGAUGGCUUGUUGGUCGUGCCGGUUCGCCGAAACGUCACCAAACAGGUGCUGCUCCUGGAACACAUGGAGACGACACUCAGCCUUCUCUUCGAAAUGGAGGACUACCGGAGGCACAUGCUUCGAGCGCCGCAUUGCACGGCAGCUUUGCUGGCCCCGGGGUCGGAACCGGUUCAGAAGGAUCUCCUGGCAGCUUUGAAGCUGGAGUGGGACAUGGUCGUCCGCAUGGAGUCCCAGACUUCUACAGCAAGUCUGCUUCAUGGCUUGUGCCCAUAUACCCGCUUCCAGAACUACAGAGAGGUGAUGACAAGCUUGAACCAAGCCGGGUUCGAGCUCGACAAAACCUCUCGGGAUAUGAUUUUGGCAUGGCAUCCUUCUCUAUCCCAAUCCUCGAACAUAGAGGACAUCUUCAACAGUUGCGAGGAUGCCUGCCGCAGGACCAAAUCCGGGGCGGCAAGCAUGCCAAAUCUUUCUACCGUGGCGAUGCGAGGUGUCAUGAAGAAGGUUUGCAACUCCGAAG